CAUAACAGCUCGUUGCUCCUUUCCCAUGAUCGAGCGGAGGAAGGAUCAUUUGUUUCUCUCAUGCAAAACCACUGCGAAACUCAUGUGCAUUAUUUCACCGAUUUCAAUUCACAAUUCAUUCGCCAAUUCACAAUUGUGCCAAGCGAAGUUUAUUCGUCACACUAAUUCAAUCUACCUGCUUCGGAAGGGAGGUGGGAUCUUACAGAACAGUUCGUCAAAUAGUUAUUGUAGGUCGAGGUUGACCGUUUUCGUCAGGAGAAGAAUGAGUACGAGCGGCAGGGCAGCACAAGAAACGCUACCUUCUCAUCCACCCCCAAGCCUUUCAACACCACCAAUCUCACCACCCCUCAGAAUUCAUGAUGAUAAUCCUCAAAAAGGUCAAACCGCACUUCAUCCCACUCCUGUUCCUGGCCUUCACCCUGCUAAAGUGACCUUGGGUCCCAGCAAUAAACCGGAAGAGGAAUUUUUCGACGAUGAGAAAGCAUUUCUUUCCAGUUGGGAGUGGCUUUUGAAUUAUGGACCAGGGUUUCCUGUUUCAGGAGGGAGCGUCAAAAUAAUUCAUUCUCCAGACAAGUUCUAUUCAACUUUGCUAGAAAAAGCGAAAAAGGCAACGAGAAGGGUCAGCCUCGCUUCAUUAUAUUUAGGAAGUGGUCCUCAGGAAUUAGAGUUGGUUCAAGCUUUGGAAGAAAAUGGUGCUUCAAAUAAGAAUUUGAAGAUCAAAGUGUUGUUGGACUUUACCAGAGGCUCGAGGGGGUUAGCGAUAUCAAGUAGAACAAUGUUGCUUCCCCUUAUUAGCAAAUGUUACGACUGCCAGGUCUUCUUAUAUCACACGCCUCAACUUCGUGGUCUCAAAAAACGAUUUCUCCCUCAAAGAUGGAAUGAAAUCAUUGGUCUUCAACAUAUGAAAAUUUAUAUUUUCGAUGACAGUAUAAUAAUAUCUGGGGCCAAUUUAUCAGCCGACUAUUUUACAAAUCGACAGGAUAGAUAUUUUAUGGUUGAAAACUGCAAAGAAUUGGCUGAUUUUUAUGAUCAAUUAAUUGAUCGGGUUUCAGAUUUUUCGUUUCAACUGGAGAAGACAAAUUCAGUGGCAUUAAAGCCUGAUUGGAAAGUUCACCCCUCUGAAGGAAAUUUACAAGAAUUUGUGGAGCAGGCGAAACAACAUGUCUUGUCGUUUUAUGAUAGGUACAAACAGGAAAAUGUAUCUCGACUAAAAUCAUACCAAUCAGCAAAACGGCAAGACAAUUCAAAACCGACAACAUACUCGAAUUCUAACUUGGAAGACACUUGGAUAUUUCCACUCAUUCAAAUGGGUGGGAUUGGAAUUUCAUUAGACAAAAAUGCAACAUGUCAAAUAUUUGAAAAUUCUCCACAAGGAAGUUUCAUUAAACUAGCAACUGGAUAUUUCAAUUUAACAACGGAAUACAUUGAUAAAAUAAUUAAAAACUCGUCAACCAAUUACGAAAUUCUUAUGGCUCACCCUAAGGCCAAUGGGUUUUUCGGAGCAAAAGGUUUUGCAGGAGGCAUCCCAGCAGCAUACACAUUGUUAGCAAAGCAGUUUUUGGAUAAUGCCGAUUACGCAAAACAAAUGUAUAGACUUUCGAUGAGAGAAUAUCUACGUGAUGGAUGGACUUAUCAUGCCAAGGGUCUGUGGUACUAUCCUCCCAAUAGGAUAUUACCCGCAGCUACAUUAAUAGGAUCUCCAAAUUUUGGUCAUCGAUCAGUAUACAGAGACUUGGAAACUCAAUUAUAUUUAGUCACCAUUAAUCCAAUGCUCCAAGAGCAACUUGAAGAGGAACAACGUCAUUUAUUUAGCUUUAGUAAACCCUUUGUGACAACCGAGUUAAGUCAACCAAACCGUGUUGUUCCAUUAUGGGUACGAAUGGUUAUAAAGUUGUUUAGAAAUUUUUUCUAGAUUUCAAAUGUGUAAUUUUAAUUGCCCUUAAAAAUGUCCUACAUCCAAAGCUGUUUAUGCGGAAAAUAAAGCUGUCAGUUUUCAAACAAGUAA